CCGGCGGAGAGAGAAAGGAGGAUGAGGAGCGGAGUGGCGAAUGCAGACAGAAAGCCGCUGUAGGACGUUCGUGGGCUUUAAUGGAGGACGUUUAGUCGAGGAUGUGCGCUGCGGUGAUCCGAAAUGCUCGCUCUGUUUCCCGCAGAGGAGGGGUAUGACAAGGCUCCUGAGCAGGACGGGGGAUGAGAUUUUGGAGACCCUCUUCGUCCUGUGAUCUCGGCUUGUGGGCUGCACGGGACACUGGGCGCACAGCUCAAACCAAAACUGUGGCUUAAAAUUUUUGUUGUUUCCCCAGUUGUUUUACUGGAGGCUGAGGGUCUCCGAGGGACGGUUGGUCCUCACCAUGAGGGCUGUUACAGCAAACUUAUUCGCUCUCCUUUUCCUGUGCGCCCUCGCGAGUGUUUUCUACGUCUGGAGCGCGUUAGAGGACCGUUUGGAGCGACACAAACGGAGGUUCUCAGGGUCCUUACACCAAGGUCUCCCAGCAGACCUCUCCACUAAAACUUUCCGGGCUUUGCUCGCCGUCCCGGCGGCACAAAGACCGCGCUUGGGGGGCAGACUUGAGGCGCACAACCUCACUGAUCAAACCGUCUCUGCAGGAAGUCGAGAUUACCAUGUGAAUGGGGAUAACAAGAGGUCAGCGCGGCGGGAGGGCCCGGUCAAGUUGGGCGCCCCGGUGGAGGAUGGGAUAUUUUGGAGUGAAUGGUUAGAGCAUCUGCUCCCCGAGGGCUUCACGGAGGAAUAUGCUCAGGCGUGGAGAGAGGGGGCUAGGACACACCGAGUGGUGAAGCUGGAGCCCGGAUGCGGCAGGAUAUCCAACCAGCUCGCUACUUUUGCAGAUGGGACCAAAGCGUGUGUGCGUUACGGGAUCAACGCGGAUCAGGUGCAGGGGGAAACUUUGACUUAUUACCUCGCCAGUUUGCUCGGCAUCACAAACCUGCCUCCUCUCAUACUGUCCCAGCUGAGCGGGGAUAGUGAACAAUGGGAGGCUGUGAGGGCCAGGAUAGCCGGCUUACAGUGGAGUGAUGGAGCCGUGGUUUCUCUGACUAAAUGGGUCUCAAACCUGACGGGGGUGGUCACACCUGCGCCGCUCAGACAGGAUAGCAGCGGGCUGCAUCCUGUGUUGCACGAGCUCCAGAACAAGACGACGUCGGAGCUGCUGGAGCUGAUGCAGUGGACCGACCUGAUCGUGUUCGACUACCUGACCGCGAACUUCGACAGGCUGGUCAGUAAUCUGUUCAGCCUGCAGUGGGACUCGCGCGUCAUGGAGAGGGACACGAACAACCUGCUCAAAACGCCGCGCGGUGACCUUGUCUUUAUAGACAACGAGGCCGGGCUCGUGCACGGGUUCCGGGUGUUGAACAUGUGGGAGAAAUAUCACAGCACGGUGCUGAGCUCCGUGUGUGUGUUCAGGAGAAGGACAACGCAGCGCGUGGCGGAGCUGCACAAGCGCAGAGACUCCAGGAGAAGGCUGCUGGAGCUGUACAGAGACAGCGAGCCUUUGUCUCUGGAAUUAGGAUUUCUCUCAGACGAGCACGCGGCUGUUCUCCAGGACAGGAUAGACAGAUUAUACAAACACAUUUUGCAUUGCAAAGGGAAGUACAGCCAGCUGUGAGCGUUCAGUACGCACAUGUGAUGGAUUUGUCGUCUGCACGGUAUAAUGAGCUCUGGCACACCUGUGCUAAAUUGACGCGCAUUACACUCAACUGUCUUGAAUAUCCAGCUGAACUACCUCUUGUGGAUAGAAUGAGUUGCCUACUUUAUAAAUACGUCAAUUUGACACAUGUUUAUAAGCUCCCUGAGUUUUCCACUGUACUCUCACAGAGAGGCAUGGUUGAAAAUGUCUUAUUUCACCCCACUGAAGGUUAAUUUUAGGCUAUGUAUGGGACUAGAGCUUCAUAAUGCAGCCCCUCAUGUGUGUUUGGCUUAUUGCCUUGCAUUCAGUUCUCCUCAUGAUGAAUUCCUAAGCCUUAACAUGAUUUGACUCUUGAAAACUGUUUUCUGUUAACAGCUGACUCGCUUUUUAAAGAAAUCUUUUGCACACAUGUCAUAGCUGCACCUGCACUCAUGUUUUUGAAUUGCAUAUUAAGCCUUAAAGUCACAGGUGUAUCAUGCACAUUGUACUGUACAUGUUGUAAGUAUGUUGUAAAUACUUUCCAUUUUUUAUUUGUGCUCCACUUAUUUAAUGUGCAUUGUAACAUUCCAGAAAUCUCUUGUCCUUUUUGAUAA